AAAGAAAAACAAUUAUAAUCAUCCACUCCGAGGACAUGCUGCCCUGCAUCCCGAAUCAACACAGAAAUCACUACUAAGAUACUGUUAUCAUCCCGAUAUCUGCGCGCUCGAACGACGUCUCCGUCGAUCCAGAAAAAAGAAAAAUGCAGCUUUUCCGACGGCGCCCCAGAAACGGAUGCAUCGGUCGUCCCCUCUUUAAAUAAAAGCCUCUCCUUAAUCACGAUGAAACACAGCCCCGUUAAUUCCUCAAUAAUUGCGGCAAUCAAAUCCUCAGUCUCCCGAAACUCUCCCUCCGCUGGUCAAUCCCUCCAUGCUCUCGCCAUCAAGAGCGGGCUCCACCCUCAACCCGUUCUCUGCAACCACCUCCUGAAUCUCUACUCCAAAUCCGGCCGCCUUGACGACGCGCGCAGGCUGUUUGACGAGAUGCCCGAAAGAAAUCUCAUCUCCUACUCCACCCUCAUCUCCUCCAUCGCCCGAUCUGGGGACCCAAAGAUUGCCUUGAAUCUCAUGACCCAGUUGCCCAAACUCAGUAUUGCGCCCAACCAGUUUGUGUUCUCGAGCUCCGUCGUAGCUUGUUCGAAGCUGGAUUCGGUCGUUUUGGGUGAGCAGGUCCAUGCCCAAGUGGUAGUGUCGGGCUUUGAAUCUGACCCAUUUGUUUGUACCUCGCUCAUUGAUCUGUACUCGAAGGUUGGUUGCGUGGACUCUGCUGUUUCAGUGUUUAGACAGUGCUUGGUUGGGGACUCGCCCUUGUUUAACUCCAUGGUGUCUUGUUACGUGAGCUCUGGUGACUGCGAAGGUGCUCUACGGUUAUUUGCCAAAGCUAGGCGGUGCUCUGAUUUUAAACCCACUGAGUACAGUUUCGGCAGCUUGAUCAAAGCAUGCUCGUCGGGCUUGGAUAAGGAGACAGGCCAACAGCUUCAUGGAUUUGUGGUGAAGACCGGUUUAGAGUCCAAUUGUGUCGUGGGAACUUCUCUUGUAGAUAUGUAUGGCGAGUUUGGGGAUGUUAACAGCAUGGAGAUGGUGUUUGAUGGUAUUUCAUUCGCCGAUACUGCUGUGUAUAAUGCUAUGACCGUUGCUUGUUUGAAGAAUGCUCUUGAGGAGACCGCGUUGGAUUAUUUCCGUAGGUUAAUGCGGGAAGGUUUGAGCCCCAACGAAUGCACAUUUUCAAGCGUGCUCAAAGCUUGCAGUGGUCUCAAGUCCUGUAAUUUAGGGGUGAUGGUUCAUGGGCUCGUAAUGAAGUCCACGUUUCGCCAAGAUUUGGUGGUUAAUACUGCUUUAACGGACAUGUACAUGAAAUGUGGCAACGCGGAGGAGGGUUGCAAAGUGUUUGAUGGAAUGCCUGGAAGAUGCACAGUCUCAUAUAAUUCAAUGAUUUCUGGACACGGACGGAAUGGAAAUUUCGAUGAAGCCAUUAACCUUUUCAUUGAAAUGAAGCGUCUGCGCAAAGGUGUUGAUCUUUCCACAUUUAUCGCGUUGUUGAGUUCUUGCCCGGGAAGAGAGUGGCCGGUCUAUGUUCAUGCCAUAAAACAUGGUUUUAGAUUGAAUUCGAUGGUCCAAAACGCUCUCUUGGAUGGCCUCCUUAAGAAGGGCUCCGCAGAGGAAGCUCUAGAAUUUUUCGACAAAAUUAAAGAGAGAAAUGUUGUUUCUUGGACCACAAUCAUAUCAGGUCUGGCCCAACUUGACCAACAUCUAGAAGCAAUCGUGCUUUUCAAAGCAAUGAACUCGACUGAAACUACCCCCAACAGUUUCACCUUCUCAAGCGUCUUGAAAGCUUGUGGAAUCCUAGCAAGCCUAGACCAAGGAAGAUGCAUACAUGCCUCUAUCGAGAAAAGUGGGAUCAUGGAUGAGUAUGUCAAGAGCUCUGUGUUGGACAUGUACUCAAAAUGCGGUGCUCUUGAGGACAGUAGAAGACUAUUCGAUGGUCUUGCUAGCAAAGACAUCGUCUCCUGGAACACAAUGAUCGCUGCCUAUGCCAAACACGGACACGUGCUUGAGGCGAUAUCUCUAUACAAGAUGAUGACGAUGCACAACAUAGAUCCAAAUCAUGUAACGUUCGUGUCCCUCUUAUCGGGGUGUAGCCAUUGUGGGCUAAUAGAAGAAGGAAUUGGCCUCUUCGAGGUAAUGGUAUCGAAACAUGGGAUUGAACCCUUAAUGGAGCAUUAUGCUUGUGUGGUCGAUCUAUUUGGGAGAGCGGGGAUGUUAGGGAGAGCGAGGAGCUGUAUAUCUGAUAUGCCAUUCGAGGCAGAUGCGUCAGUUUGGGCUGUACUGUUGGCAGCUUGCAGGCUUCAUGGGAAUGUUGAAAUGGGGCAGAUGGCGAAGGAUAGGAUAAUGGGGAUGAAAGGGCAGGAUAACCCCUCGGUUGUAAUAAUGUCGAAUAUGUAUUCGGAAGUAGGGAAGUGGGAUUAUGCAGAGAAGGCUAGGAGGAGAAUCGGAGUUGGGGGAGCGGGAAAAGAGCCUGGAUUCAGUUGGGUGUAAAUUUCAAAAUAUUGAAAAAAUAUAUAUUUAAAGAGCCGGAAUGUUCUGAAAAUAAAUUAUUUGUUUGUUUCGUUGUGAUAAUGGGGGCUAUAAAAGAACGGAAAGAGAUUGUACUGUAAAGUGGUUUUGACAAAGGCGUGAGAGUGACUCUUAACAAGCUCAUAAUACUGGAUUCUCUCCUCUUCUGAUGCCAACUUGCCACCAUGAUGGACCCUGCAUGCUUACGAUUUCAAGAGGGAAACCUAUUUUGGUUUAGUUUGGAUAUAGCAGCAUUGAAAAUUCAUUACAAGUGAUGAAUUCCUUUAAAUAAAUAAAAAGUAUUGAAAAUUCAUUACAAGUGAUGAAUUUUCUAUAAGAAGAUUAGCAACCAGCUACUUGUUCAGGAAAUUUCAAGUUUCGCAAUCUUUAAGUGAUGGGGAAAAUGAGAAAGUUCAUAUUGAAAUUUCUCGGAAGCUGAAGGGCUGCAAGAGCAAGUUUGGUGGAGAUAACAUUUGAGGCUUGUAAAUGACUCGGGUUCAGAUCAGGUUUAUGUAAUAUCUAGUUAUAUUCUGCAUAUUUCUUGCAGAUGGAAAGUCAGAUUUUUGAAUUAUUAGAACCAA